AAGAUGCAAAAAGAAUCCAAGUUGUCUGAUAUUGAUGAGCGUAUUGCAAAAAUUGAAAAGUUGGUGGGUACAAGUUCUGGUCAAGCAUUGGAUGAAUUACCUCCCAACUUGGCUUCAGCUUCAUUGAUCAAUUCAUUGGCCAAACUGGAACAACAAGUUGCUGUACUUGCUCAACCAAGACAGCUUGAAAUGGUGGCUAGACGUGUCAAGGGGUUGAUCAGUGAUCUAGAUAGAUUGAAUGAGCUUAGAUCAGGCAGAAAAGACACGGCUGCUGCUCUGGGUUUUGGACUAUCAAACGCUCUCAAUGGCCAGAAUAAUGCCAAUGCCAAUAGUGAUAAUGCAAACAAAGAUGGCAACUCGGCUGAUACUGAAGCAAAGAUCAACAAGCUGUUUACAACAUUGGAAAAAGUGGAUCCUCUUUUGAACUUGACACCUGUCUUGUUGACAAGAUUGAAGGCAUUACAAACCUUGCAUUCUGAAGCUGCUUCUUUCGGUCAAUCUGUCAAGGUCAUUUCUGAAGAGCAAACUAGAAUGACAGAUGAAUUGAAGAGUCUGACUUCUACCUGUGAUUUAGUAAGUGCGUUGUAUUUCUUUAUCCAUCUAACCACUCUCUCUCUAGUUAAACAAGAGUCUACAAGAGAACGACGAGUCUAUUACAGGCAAUAUCAAGGUGAUUGA